ACCAGUUUUGCAUUGGAGGCUCAGCCACCAAUGUAUGUUUACGUUCGUAAAUAAAGAUAUAUAAAUUAAAAUUAUACAAGAAGGCUAGUUGGCCUUGAUUCAAUAAUACUCGUAAACUAAUUAAUUUUUUUCACAAGUUCGAUUUACGAAGCAGAUUAUCAUUCUCAACAUUAUUGAACGGACAUUGCGUUAAGUAUAACAGAAACGAUGAAGUCCUUCAUCAAGUACUCCUCUAAUAGCGAUUAUCCUAUCGAAAAUCUUCCUUAUGGUAUAUUUUCUACUGUAGAUAAGCCGAAUAAAAGAAUAGGGGUGGCAAUCGGCGAAGAGAUAUUAGAUCUAAGUCAAAUAGCACAUCUUUUUGAUGGACCAUUAUUGAAAGACAAACAGGAUGUUUUUCUUAAAGAUUGUCUUAAUGAUUUCAUGGCUUUGGGAAGACCAGCAUGGCUCGAAGCAAGAACGAAAUUACAAUAUUUAUUGUCAAACACUACUUCAACUUUACAAGAAGAAAAACUUCGUAGCAAAAUCUUCGUUAAACAAGAAUCAGCUACGAUGCAUUUGCCAGCUAAAAUAGGCGAUUAUACUGAUUUUUAUUCGUCCAUACAUCAUGCCACAAACGUAGGUGCCAUGUUUCGUGACAAAAAUCACGCUUUGUUCCCUAAUUGGAAAUACCUUCCGGUUGGAUAUCACGGUAGAUCCAGCUCGGUCGUAAUAUCCGGUACACCAAUUAGAAGGCCACGUGGUCAAACACUUCCGGUCGAAGGAGCAGAUCCCGCGUUUGGUCCAUCAAAAUUGAUGGAUUUCGAAUUGGAAGUUGCAUUCUUCGUUGGAGGACCACCAAGUAAUUUAGGGGACGCAAUUACUGCUGAAAAUGCUUAUGAUUAUAUAUUUGGCAUGGUUUUGAUGAACGAUUGGAGCGCAAGGGAUAUACAAAAAUGGGAAUACGUUCCACUCGGUCCAUUUUGUUCGAAAAAUGUUGGGACAUCCAUUUCUCCAUGGAUAGUAACAAUGGAAGCUUUGGAACCAUUUAGAAUUGCCAAUAAUCAACAAGAUCCAAUUCCCUUUCCAUAUCUUCGUCACAAGGAUGCUUGCAAUUUCGACAUCAAAUUAGAAGUUGAUAUUAAAUCACCAAAUGGAACGGUUACAACCGUAUGUCAUAGUAAUUACAAAUACAUGUAUUGGUCUCCUCGUCAACAACUUGCACAUCAUACUGUAACUGGAUGUAAUAUUAAUCCUGGAGACUUAAUGGCAUCCGGUACCAUAAGUGGUGAAGUCUGUAUUAAAGACUGUUAUAACCUUGGAUUCAUUUGGAUCUAUGUUGGAGCUCUGUUGGAAGGGUACAAGAUUGAUUCAUUUGAAAGACGGCACUACCAGAAAAUUUCUUCAAGAUAACGACGAAGUAAUUUUACGCGGUUAUUGCAAUGGCGAUGGUUACCGUAUUGGUUUUGGAUCGUGUAAUGGAAAAUUGUUACCAGCUUACACGUUUCCAAUAAAUUAAAAAAAAAAAUAAAAAAAAAAAAAAAUAAGAAAG